GCAUAAAUAACGAUUCAAAAGAAAUACAAACAUCCACUCCUUCGGAACGAGCUACUGAAAUUGAAAAGGAAACAGAUCAAUCUAUCAAUGCAGCCCUUAUCAAAAGUCCGGUGUUUCUUGACAAGGAUGCCGUGCACAAAAAAACAAAUAACGAAAUUGGUUCAGUUAAUGCAAAUCGUUCUUUAAAACCUGCGACCGUCAAAGUUUUAAGUACAAAGGCGAAUGACGGAAAUGAUUUACAAGUUAAAAAAUCUGAUUCUAAUACAACGUCAUAUUCAUCAACUACCACUCCAAUUCUUUCAAAAAAAUCUAAAAAAAAAGAUAAGAAUUCGGGCGUCCAGGCUCAGUUUCUGGAAAAUGACCUUUCACAAAAAGACACGGAUUUAAUCGAGGAUCCACAUAAUUUGAACAUUGAGGAUUUUCAAAAGAUUUCAAAUGAAAGUAAUGAAAAGGACAACCUCGCCACUAAUAAUUCAAACCGUCAUAAUAAAAUGCCAAUAGACUUUAAAUUCGAUUUUGCAACGUCCACCUUUGCAUUAUCUCCCAAUGUCUCGAAAGGCACCAAUAAUGAUUCGAUUUCCACACAAAAUACUUUAGAGAAUCCAUCUAAUCCAAAAUCACCCUCCGAUUCAACAUUUGAAUUUUCAUCCUCUAAUAUAUUUUCCAAGGAUUUCAACUUCAACGCAUCAUCCAUUUUCAAUUUACAAACAUCAUUCUCAUCUGCUUCCCCCUUAUUUGGUUCUUCAGACAACAAUUCCCCAGGUUCUCCAAUAAUGAUGAACGGUGAUCCUAGUCCAUGGAAUAAUUCCGCACAAUCUUCAAAUUCCAAUACCUCCAACGGGGUUAAAACCACCGCAGUCUCUGUUGAAGACCUUGAACGACAGGUGGCAAAUGCUAGACGUGAAGCUGAAAUGCUUGAGCACCGUUUAAGGGCAUUGAAAUCCUUGGAAAAUAUAUUAGAGGAUGAAAAUUCAAAUGUUGAAUCGGAGGGUGAUUUUGGAUUAGAUGGAUUCUCUAAAGUAUUUUGUGUGGAAAUCGAAUCAUUAUUGGUGCCUUUCGAGACAUUGGGAGAUAAUGCAAAGGUGGACGUUGCAAAAUCGAAUUUAAAGUCUAUUGGCAUUUUAUUAUGA